CGACUAUCCGCAAUGUUUCCUGCUCCGAGAAAAGAGGGGUCAAUUCUUUUUUCUCGCUCAGCCUUGGUAGCAGAUGCAUCGCGAAAAUCGAGAGUAAGCCGGGCAUGCAUUAGUUCUUUCAUUGACGAAUGAGAGUUGACUCUCAGCUGUCAGCGUAACAUCUGCUUCCGCGACCAUUGGCUUAUCAAUCAAUUGGGAAAAACAUACAUACGCCAAGGCUCUUUACAGGCCUAAAUUACUGGAGGAACUUGACAAGUUAAGGUGCUCAGCGAGGCGGCGGCUUGGAAGUCCCCGAGGAUAUAAAAUGUGACCGAAGCCACCUCCAAUCUACCCUGCGUGUUCAUUCCACAUAGACUCUAUUCACGAUGACUGUAAUGUCUCUGUUUUCGGAGCUGAAGGCUCACCUCGCAGACACCCAAGCCAAGACUUAUGCACUUGACGCACCAGACUACAAGAAAAUUGAGCAAUGUUUUAUUGAGAAACAUGUCCAGACUCUUGGUGUAGUCAGACCUCAGAACGGGGAAGAAGUCGCAUCAGUGCUCCGUUUCUGUUUAGAUCACAACGUCGAGUUUACUAUACGUGGAGGAGGCCAUGAUUGCGCCAGUCGAACACUCGUCAACGGGGCACUUGUUAUCGACAUGCGAGAUAUCAAGCACGUUGUCAUAGCCGAAGACAAGAAAAGUGCAAGAGUCGGUGGAGGUAUUCUCAGUGGUGACUUGGCAAGGGAUCUAGGUAAGGCAGGAUUGGGAACACCCACUGGCACUGUUGCAAGUGUAGGCUAUACUGGAUGGGCGACUCUCGGUGGCUAUGGUCCUUUGUCAUCCCAUUACGGUCUUGGCGUCGACCAGAUCCUUGGGGCCAAGAUUGUGAAUGCUCAUGGACAAGUCCAAGAUGCCAAUGAAGAACUGCUUGUCGGCAUCCGAGGCGGUGGUGGAUCACUCGGCAUAAUUGUUGAACUUACCAUCAAGGUCUACCCUAUUAACAAGAUCCUCUCGUCAACCAUCGUCUAUGACUCAAGCAACCUAUCCGCAGCUCUUACCUCCUACACCCAGCACUACGAAAAGCUUCUCGAGUCAGGCCAGCUCCCCGUGUAUCUCCAGCUCCAGCCCAUGAUUGCCCAAAUGCCAGGCCAGCCCGUAAGUCUCUUGGUCAUCGUGACCUGGCACGGCCAAGACAAAGACGAAGGCCGCUCUUGGAUCAAGAACAUCGCUGGAGCAGCGAACUGCGUCAUGGAAAACACGCAGGAGAUUACACUUGCGGAAAUGCUUGAGAAUAAUGAAAAGCUCGUAACGUGGCCAUCUUACGGUCGAGUCUACACUCUUAAUGCCAAGAGAAUGACAGAAAAUGCUAUUGAAAUCUUGGGAAAGCAUUGUGUCAAUGCUCCAGGCGGAAGUCUCAUCUUCUCAUACCAUACACUACUCUCAGCACAAGAGCCAGAACAAAAGUCUGUUUUUGGAACGAGGGCACGCCAUCAUAUGUUUGAGAUCUACGCUGUUCUUGCAGACGAGGCUAUCGCGGAAGAGCGAGUUCAGUGGGCUGCCAAGGUCAAGGCUGAUCUUCAGGCAGAAGACGCUGAUAAUAUUCUGGAGGGUUCGUAUAUCUCUCUUGAAUCUAAUGAGGAUGUUGAUGUCAAGAAGAUCUAUGGGAAGCAUUAUGAUACGCUGGCGGCUUUGAAGAGGAAGUAUGAUCCUGAGAAUGUAUUCAAGCAUAGCAUCCCAAGACUCGUGCUUGCUGGGAGGCAAAAUGGGAUCAUCAAGCUUGAGUCCAGCGAGGCAUGUUGGAUUACGUCUCCCAUUCACUAGAUGUGUUAUUUGUAGUCGAGACCUAUGGCUGAGAGCUUAUAAUCACCGCGCAGAACUUGGCGCAAUCCAUCUUCUACCAACAUUUUUCAUAACAUAU